UAUGGGUUUGCUGGGAUAUACUAAUAUGUAUAAUAACUUAUCAACCCAGGUAAAUGAAUGGGUGGAAGAUAUACCAACAUGGAAGAUCGUCACUGGUGGAAGUUUGUUAUUGAUUGGAGGAUAUUAUAUUUUCUUCAAAGACAGAUAUUCACUUCCUGGACCAAGAGGGUAUCCAUUUUUAGGAAUUGUUCCAUGGCUUGAUAAAGAAACACCUCAUCUUAAUCUUAUCGAUUAUGCAAAAAAAUACGGUAAUGUUUGUAAAGUGUCUCUAAUGACAGAAGAUAUCAUACUUGUUUCCGGAGAAAAGAAUAUCUAUGAUGUACACAUUAAUAAACAAGACGAUUUCGCAAAUAGACUCCAUAGUGUAAGGUUCGAAGCUGUAUUGAAUGGAGCAGACGACCUCGCUGUAAUGAAUGAUAGUGAAAACUAUAGAGAAUCAAAGAAGAUGACACUUAGAUCUCUUAAAACCUAA